AUGGUCAUCCACAACAGAACUAACAUCACAGCCCGGUUCCAGUGGAAGGCUUUUUCUACUGAGGCAGAGGAGCAUCCACAGAAGAUCAGGCUGUCUCUCAAUCUGCCUCGGCCGCCCCUGGAGACAGCGAGGCUCUCCGUAGAGAAGCGCUAUGAGGAGCUGGACCUUUAUGACCGCGAGUUGGAGAAGGCAACAGCAAAGAUUGAAGCAGACCCCAUGCUGUUCUCAGACGAUGUUUUCACCAUUGAGCCCUUGGAGGGAGAGGUUGGGCCACACUCUUCAGCUGAGAUCAAGGUGUUCUUUAAACCCCGAGAAGCCCAAGUCUAUACAAAAGUGGCCUACUGUUCCAUCUCAGGCCGUGAGAGCAGGCUGCCCCUGUGCCUCACAGGGGAAGGCCUUGGGCCCUGCCUCCGUUUCAAGUUUCCGGAACUGGACAUGGGGAAAGUUUUGGUUGGAGAAGCCUACAGCUAUGAGGCAAUCCUGGUUAACACGGGAGCUAUCAAUGCUCCCUUCCGGCUCAUCCCUCCAACCACAGUCCACGGCUCCUGCUUCACCUUUCAGCCCCGGCAGGGCAUCAUUCCACGCAAUGGGAUCCUGCCCAUCCAGAUCUUCUUCAGUUCCAGCACCCUGGGGGAGUUCGAGGAAGAGUUCCAGUUCAAUGUGGCUGAAUGCCCUAAACCUGUGACCUUGAUUGUCAGGGGUCACGUCACCGGACUGAGCCUGCACUUCAGCACAAAUGGCCUUGACUUCAAUGACGUGUCCUUUGGCUUUCCUCAGACCUUGUCGUGCCACCUGAUCAACACCUCUGUGGUGCCCAUCACUUUCCAUCUUCGCGUUCCUGAGGACGGCCAGGGACAGCCCAGCCUUACCAGCUUUGACCAAGUGAAAUACAACACUCACCCCUACUGGGAAAAAGGCACACUGGCUCCAUGUCAGGAGAAGCCAAUGGAAUUCACUAUAACACCCAGCACAGGGACUAUCCCUGCCCACGGAUUCCAGGAGAUCAGGGUCACGCUGUGUUCCAACGACGUGGGACAAUAUGACUGUGAUAUGGUGGUGGAUGUGGAUGGUUUUGGCAAGGAGGUGUUGGCUCUACGCCUCAAAGCCAGAUGUGUCGUUCCUGAGCUGUGUUUGCUCACCUCCACCCUCGACUGUGGACCGUGCUCUGCAAAGGUCCCUUGCCAGAAGAUGCUGACCCUUGUGAACCCAAGCCCCCUUCCAGGAUGCUACAGAAUUCUCCCUCAGAGAAACCAAGAGGCCGCUGCUCUGUGGUACUCCAGCCCCAAACCAUGUGGGAUUAUCCAAGGUCACGACGUGCUGGAGAUCCCAAUUACAGCUGAAGUCCAGGCGGUGGGUGCUCAUUCCAUCCCGGUGGACAUCGCCGUGUUCGGGAAGGAGAGAUCCCCACUGGGUGACAGAUGCUUGAGUAUUGAACCCAGGGAAGGAGUGGUCCCUGCCAAGGCUGAGGUUCCUGUUGUUGUCACAGCAAACCUGGAUGACACUGGGAGAUUUGAAGGCAGUAUGAAGCUGUUCAUUGAGAACAGCCUUACCAGUGUCAUCCCCAUCCAGGCUGUGGGCAUCGGCACCACAAUUACCAUUGACAAACCGUUUGCGCCGAAGCUGAAUUUGGAACCCCAGUUCAACCUCCUUCCCUGCAUUUUGCGGUUCAAAGUUACAAACAAGGGGCGUCAGUUCCAGCGGCUGUUCUGGGGCACAGAAGGUUUCAGCACCUUUCGACAGCGUCAUCCUCUCCCUGCCCUCAGUGUCACCAAGGGCAAAAAUGCUUCCCAGAGUCCCACCACUCCUGUAUUUAAGCUGCGGCCACGGAAUAUGGAUCUGCAGCCAGGCGAGACUAUGGAGCUGGUGGUGGAAGGCUUCUCCAGCAUUGUCCAGGACGUGGAGGAGAAACUUGUGUGUGAGGCAAUCGUGAAGCCAGAGAUAACAAAAAAAGAGAUAAUCAAGACAAAGGUCACCUGCAAGUUCAUUUCUCCCUCUAUGCAAAUAUCAUCCAGAGCAAUCACUUUCCAUGUGGAGAAGUACCCUGAUGACGUCCUGACUCUUCAGUACAAGCCUCUGUCUUUAAAAAACACCUGCUGCCUACCAUUCCACCUUUUGAUGGACUUGGAGCAGCCAUUCCUAAUCUGUGAUGCAAACCAGCAGCCCCUCCCUGCAGGGGCCCAGCCUGUGAAGAUGGAGGCAGGUCAGGAACUUCAUCUCUACAUCAGCUUUAACCCAGCUUAUGAAAAGGAUCCGAUCAGCUGGGCAGCAAAGAAGACUAUGAAGAUCCGGCUUGUGGAACAUCCUUAUGAGGAAGAGAUCACCGUUCAGGGAGAGGUCUACUUCCCAAAUCUCUGUAUCCCGACCAAAGCACUGGACUUUGGUUGCAUCGUGAGUGGCACAGAGCAAGUGCGUUACCUGGAGAUGACCAACUGCAGCCCAAUUCCUGCCCACUACCACUGGUCAUUCCAGGUGGACAGCAAGAAGUACCCAACAGGGUUCAUACCUUCCCCGCCUACAUUGAAACCCCAACCACAAAUGGCCAGGUUCGGCUGUGUUGAGUGUGGGCGUUAUUUAAGGAGAUACUUCAGACCUGGAAGUGUGCAGAAGCCAGCCAAAGCCCCGGAAGCAGCGCAGGACUCUUCCCAACAGUCAGCACACUGCCAGGAAACAGAACAGCGUUGUUCCCAACAGACAUCAAAGAACUGCGUGCAAGAUUCUUCUGAAGAGUCAUCAGAUUGGGAGGACUCCCUGGAAACAGAGCAAGAUUCUUCACUACAGUCAUCAGAUUCAGAGAACUGCGUGGAAACAGAAGAUGAUUCUUCUGAAGAGUCAUCAGAUUCAGAGGACUCCCUGGAAACAGAGGACAUUUCUCCUGAACAGUCAUCAUCAGAGAAGUCCCUGGAAACAAAGCAGGACUCUUGCCAAAAAUCAUUGCAUUCAGAAGACUCCCCGGAAGCAAAGGUGCCACCAUCCACUGCUGCAGGGCCUCAGAGCUCAGCAGAGACGGAGGAGUCUGUGAAGUCAGAAGAGGCAAAGCCCCCUGGCUUCAGAGCAGAGGAGCUCUUUAAUGAAGUCAUUAAAGCAGAGGUCACCCUGCAGAACGACGGGAAGAUCGAAUUCACCUACGUGGUACAGAGCCCCAGCACUGGCACUGCAGACAAGCCUCUGCCUGGUGUGCUUGCAGUCCUGCCCAACACAGCUUCCAUUGAACCUGGCAAGGAGCAAGUACUGAAGCUCUAUUACCUGCCAGGAAUGCCAGGAGUCUUCUGCAGGACUUUCCAGAUUAAAAUAAACACUUGGCUGAGGAUGGAGAUGGACCAGAUGCUGAUAAAGGAAGAUGCUCUGGAGCUGCAACCAACCCUCAUCUCCCGCCCCCCAGAGGACACUGUCUUUGACAACAGCGUUCCUCAGAAGCUUGUCAAAGUUGAGCUACCUGAGUACAUCCUGGACAUGGGCACUGUCGUUCAGGGUUUCAGUAAAAUCUGCACCGUGAACAUCACCAACACCUGGAAGUACCCAGUGGCCGUCCGGGCCAAUGGACGUGCCCUGCGUGACACAGGUUUCAGCAUAUACCUGGAGCCUGUGGAGUCCCUGAUCAACGGUGACACCAUACCAUUUCAAGUGAAGUUUUCAAGUGCCAACUUGCCUGUGGGAAAGGUGGAUGUGCUCCUGCCCAUCAAGGUAGAGAAAGGCCCCACGCUGCACAUCCGCCUCCGUGCCAUUGUGAUUCAGCCACUGCUCAGCCUCUCCAAGGACAGACUCCAGUUCCCUGAUGUCCAGGUUGGGCAGUGCUGGUGUGAAACGGUCCGACUCUACAACCCGUUCAACGCGCCCUGUGAAUGGUUCCUCAGUGCCAGCAAACCUGCCAAGAAGGUGAACAAAUGUUCAAAACCAGCUGUGCAUCAGAAGGAGCUCCAGGCUGUGAAGGACGAUUCCCAAGUCUUUCAGUGGAAGGCCCAGGAGGGAACCCUUUAUGGUAGAGAGUGGUGUGACCUAAAGAUCCAGUUUUCCCCCCUGGAAGAGAAGUCCUACAAAACCGAGUUGAAGAUCAACGUUCAUGGGAGCAGCCAGCUCCUUGUACUGCACAUCUCAGGACAGGGUCUGGAGCCACGGCUGGAGUUCAGCCCCACAGAGAUCAAGCUGGGAGCAGUGUUGCCGUGCAGCCCUGAGCUGGAGAGGACAGUGGUGGUGAAGAACCCCUGCGAGUUCCCCAUUGAAUUUUACUCCCUGGAUUUUGACGAGGAGUACCGUGAGGAGGAGAAGAUCCUGCGGACACUGGAGGAGUUUGGAGACCAGGCAGCCGUGGUGAUGCCUCCACGUGCUGUGGGUGAGAAGCUGCCUCCAGAGGUGCUAGAAUAUUAUGAGAAAUGGAAGAAGAUGGAAGCUCUGGGUCAAGAAAUUAUGUCCAAGUGCAAGGAAGAAUCAGGUGAGGACAAUGCAGCGCUUCAAGAGAGCAUCGAGUUGUUAAAGGACAUGGUGGAUGAGUCUGACGGGCCCAUCCGUCAGGCCAUCAGGCGCUACACCCGUCCCGUUGUAGAAGAGAUCAAAGCCCAAAUGCCCAGAGGGAUUGUUAUCAUCGUCUAUGGGACACCCCGGACAGGAAAGUCAAGGGUGGCAGCCGCCCUGUCCAAGUAUUACGGUGUCACCCGCUUGUCCCUGGCCGAGGUGGUGACAGAAGCCAUGUCGGACGAGCGCAGCUCGAUGACAGCCAUUUCCUGUGCCACCGCUCCUGCGCCACAGCGAUUCAUCAUCCUCACCAGGACGGGGAGAAAGGAGAAAAUUAGGAAGUGUUUGAGCUGUGUGCUGCCCAAGGAAUUGCUAGUGGAGAUCAUCUCUGAACGGCUGCAGCUGAGCGACUGCUACAGGGGAGUGGUCUUUGAUGGCCUGGAGACCCUCUUUGCGAGCAGCCUGGCAUCUUCUCUCCUGUGUAUACUCAAAGCUGUCAGCAAUCGCCCGCAUAUCCACGUCGUCAACAUCUUCCAGGAUUCUGAGUUUUGGAAAGGCAGGCGGAUGGCUGCAAGAGAGAAGAAGGCAGCUAAAAAACAGCAGAAAGCACGGGAGAAGGAAGAAGCUGCCCGGAGAAAGGAAAAACGUCUCUGGGAUGUGGAUGUGGAUGAGUAUGAAGCCCUCACUGAGAAGCAGAAAGCUCUUCUUGAUUACAAAAUAGAAAAAAUCAAGCGUGAGCGGAGGGAGAGAAGAGAGCAGGAGCGGCUGGCUCGAGAGGAGGAGGAAAGAAAAAAGGCAUUGUCAAAAGCCUCAAAGAAGCAGAAGAAAACCAAAAGCCCAGAGGUCCAGCAGAAGAGCAAAAAACCAGCUGCAAAACAACAGCAGCAAGAAACGAAAAGCGCAGACGUCCGUAAGGGGAAAACAACAGCUGCAAAACAACAGCAGCAAGAAACGAAAAGUGCAGACAUCCGUAAGGGGAAAACAGCAGCUGCAAAACAACAGCAGCAAGAAACGAAAAAACCAGAGGUCCGUAAGGGGAAAACAGCAGCUGCAAAACAACAGCAGCAAGAAACUAAAAUCCCAGAGGUCCCAAGUAAGCGGGACAUGAUCUUGGACCUGAGGUUUAACAUCUAUGAGUCUGCACAGAAGGAGAUCAGACAUAUUCUGUCAUCCUGGGACAGGGUUCAGGGUAUCAUGAACAAGUCCCAGUCUUCCCCUAAACACAAAGGUGAGAAGAGCAGCAGUAUGUCUCUGGAAAGGCCAGAGAAGAAGUCUUUGGAAGAACAUGGCAGCCACAAGAGCCUUCAGCAGGAAGGGGAAGUCAGAAGCCAUAGUACCGGAGUGCCCUGCUUGGACUUCCGCAUCACGCGUCGUGAAAACAUGUUUGAGAAGAUCCUGAAGAGCAAGAAGCUGCCACCAGCAAAGCAGAUUCUGGACUCUCUGGGACUGGGUCCCUUAGGGCCUCCCAUUCUCCCAGGCUUUCUUUUCUCUGUGGUCCCCUACCCAGAGGAGGACAGGGUCCCCGCAGCAGCAGAAGACCUCAGACACUUCAUCCUCGUUGAACCUGAAAGUGCUGCUGCAGAAGAUGAUGUGGAUGGGGGUGUCUCAGGGCAGGUCUCACCUCUCUCUCCCUUUUCUCUCUCCCCUUAUGCCAAGGCCCCAGAGGCAGAGGCAGAGGACCAUUUGAAGGAGGAGGAAGACACAAGCAGAUGCAACUCUCCCCAGGAAAAGCGGAACUCUCCCCAGAGCCCGAAAAGUCUCCGGGAUCACUCCCCAGAAACACCCAGAAGUUCACCUGAGUCAAGGAAAAGCAAACUGCAGAGUGACUCAACCCUUGAGAGACCUACCAGGCUGAGAAAGUUCCGGUGGAUUGUUCCUGCCCACGGGGAGGUGGAACUGAAGAUCCGCUUCAGCACCACAAUGCCAGGGCAGUUUGACCAGAUGAUGAAUUUUGAGAUCCUGGGGUCAAAACGCCUGUACCAGUUACCCUGCAGUGCCACUGCCCUGUACCCCAGCAUCAGCCAGAACCCACGGCUGGUGUUUCCUCGCUGGAGGAAGAACAAGGAGAAGGAGGACAUCAUCGUCAAGGAGUACAAGGCACAGAACUGCCCCGACAACAGUGAGAAGUUAACCAUCUUCAAUGACUCCCCCAUGGAGGCAGAGGUCCAUUUCUCCUUUGAGAAUGACAGCAGAGGAGAGACAUUCCUUUUGGACCCUCCCAGCAUGAGGCUGCAGCCCAAAGAGAAGAAGAAGCUGACUAUUUGGGCGUACCCGACUUCCACUGGCCUCAUGCAAGACAGUCUCAUCUGCCACGUCAAGGACAACGCAGAGCCAGUGGUGUUCCGACUGUGCUGCGAAGGGGUGCAUGUGAAGCUGGGGGUCAGCCCCCAGGAGCUCCAAUUCAACAAGCUUCUUCUGCACAGGACUGACACCCAGACCCUGGUCCUUAGAAAUGACAGCCCACUGCCCAUGGCAUGGCAUCUGAGUGGGCUGGAGGACCUUGGAGAAGAUUUUUCUGUGUCACAAGGCAGGGGCGUUGUUGGGCCCCGGAAAGACUUAGAAGUUAAACUGAAUUUUAGGGCUGAGAAGAUUGGCAUCAUAAAUAAGAUGAUCCGAGUGGAGGUUUCAGAUACAGAAAACAUCCUGGGCAUUGUUCAUGCGGAAACCAUCAAAGUCUCUGUGGAGGUUUAUGAUGUUAAUCUGAGCAUCAACAUGCCUGAAGGUCCAGACGGCAGCGUUGAUUUUGGAACCAUUAAUGUCUUUGAUAAUAAGAAGGAAGUCCUCAGUCUUAAGAACAAAGGCUUAUAUGACAUUGAGUACAAUUUCAAGCUGACAACUGGAAGUUCCAAGAAGGGUGACUUGAAAUCUCAUUUCACUGUCCGGCCACAGAGGGCUGUGCUGAAAGCCUCCAAACCACCUGUGAAAGUUGAGAUCCUCUUCCACCCUAUGACUGAAAUGCUUCUCAAGAGCAGACCCAUCCUGCUCUGCCAGGUCUUUGAUCCCCAAGUGGGAGGUGAGACUGUUGCCACCAUCCCAGUGAGGGUGUCGGCGAGAGCAGUGUACAGCAAGUACAGCAUCGAGCCUGCCUCGCCCAUCGACUUUGGUACCAUGAUUAAGGGCACCAAGAAGACCCAGGUCUUAACUGUAGAGAACAAAGGCGCCCUCAACUUCAAAUUCUUCAUCCACCAAGCACCUCCACUGCAAAGUUCACAGGAAGAGGAAUCUGCCCCCUCGGUCAGGGAAAAAACGCACUCGACACAGGCUCAGCUCACUGUAGGCAUGUUCACCGUGUCCCCUUGCUCCGGCUCCAUCGGUCCUUGGGGCAAGCAAAACAUCACAGUGGAUUGCAACGCAGGAGCAGAGGGGAAAUGCGAGGAGCAGGUGUACAUUGACAUCAGCAACAGAGACCCCAAGGACAAUCCCCUCGGCAUUCCCUUUACUCUGACUGCCGAGUCCUGCUUCCCAGCACUUGUUGAAGACGUCACAUCCAUCUUUGAGAAGUACCCGAUCCACAGCAACAUCAAUCUCCACCAGACAUUACAGUCAGUGCAAGGCAAUGGUGUGUUCAUCAGAGAUGAUAACACAUUCAUCUUCACCAAAGUUCUGGUUGGGCAACGGGCCACAGCUUACUUCAAGAUCUCUAAUGCCAGCAGUAUCCCAUGUAAUGUGGUCCUCUCCAUCAAAGCCUUGCCUGGAGAGCCUCACAACCUCAUCAGCCACAUCUUCAAGUUGGAUCCUGUUGAGAUGAAGCUUCCUGGCUUAUCUCAUGGCUUUGCUACAGUGACCUUCACUCCAGAAGAAAAGAAGGACCACCAGUGUACUUUCACAGCUUCUGUUGUUAUCCCAAAAAGCAGCUCUGUGAAUACGAAACCCCAACAGCUGACCUUCACUAUCAGUGGAGAGGGGCACGUGCCUCAGGUGACAGUCGAGUACCCAGGCCUUCGGAGCAAGAGAGGAAACCCUGUGCUGCGCUUCAGGAGGCUCCUGCUGGGGGACUCACAGGCACUGCCCCUGGUCCUUCGUAACGAUGGCGUCAUACCCACAAAGUUUACAGUUCACAUCGUGGAUGACAAGGGAGUUUUCUUUAUGAAAGGCAGGCAGUCCUCACUCCGUGCCUUCCACAUUGGAGACAUGGAAGAGGACUCCACUGGAAAAGCCAAGAAGCAUCCUGAGAAGCCUUACAUGCUCCUGGAACACGGGCAGUCAGCAGAGUUUGAUGUGUUUUUCAAACCCACCCUGGCCCAACAUCUGGAAGGGAAGAUCCGUGUGCCACUGUCAGGCAACAAUGAAAUCAACAUAGAGCUGGUGGGUGAAGGCUACGACGAUGACUUCACCUUUGAUAACCUCCCUGGACUAGCAGAAGACAGCGAGAAGAGCAAUGCUGAGGGCAGUCUGGAGGACGACAUCAUUGAGGCUAUCAGAGCGAAUCACAUUGAGUUUGGGGACUGUGCAGUCAGGGAGCUCUGCGAGAAGACCUUCACAGUCACCAACCGCAGCAAGGAGGUGAUGCGGUUUGAGUGGCUGGCAGACGCCCUAUUCCAGUUCUCCCCCAAGGUGGGACACCUCCAGCCUGGUUGUGCCAAGGAUAUCAGAGUGACCUUGAAAUCCAAAGUCCCAGUCACCAUCAAAAGGCACUCUGUGAACUGUAAGGUGGACAAGAUCAAAUACCAGCUGCCACCAGAAGAAGUUUACAACUGGGACGAUGGAAUGUACACUGAGAAGUGGGAGGACACCAAUGAGAGAUUACCAGGAGCCCGCUGGCCUAUCAAGGAGAAGGUGGCCAAGGCAGUCCCGGAACCAACUCACACCGUCCUGGAGAAGAGCAGCCGCGAGGUUGAGCUUUUCCUUAGUGCUCAAGUUGACUACGCCAAGUUCAAACUGGACACAGUUGAGGUUCAGCUGAAGCAGACUGAGCCCUUCCAGACAGAGAUAAGCACUUUCCAGAUGUCCAAUACAGGCAAAGUAGCCCUGAAAUACUCCUGGGAGGUGGAUCUGGAGCAGGAAAGACCAUCAAAGCGUUCUGGAAAGCCAUACUCGGUCACUCUAAUGCGUUAUUUCUUGUCCUCUGCUACUGUGGAUCACUGGUUUGAGCAUCGUCCAAGUCGGGUGCACUGGGCAUCGCCGCUCGAGUCAACUCGGCCCCAGUCAAGUCUGCCCCACUCUACUCAGCCCACGCCAAGUCGGCGCCGCUCAAGCCAGAUGACCUGCCUUACAAAGCACGUUAGUUCCUCCAUGGAACUGUAUCCAGAUGACUUCGAUGACCCACCGCUGUUCUCCGUCGAGCCUGACUGUGGCACCAUCCCUGCUGGCCAAACUCAGAUUUUCCAAGUGAAAUUCUGCCCGACACGUGUGGGGGAAUUUAAGGCUGAAAUGCUGUGCAGCAUUCCUAACCUGAAGCCAUCUCAGAAGAGCCCAUCGGUGUUUGUGAUGGGGAAAGGCUAUUUGCGGAAGGCUGAUCUCAAACGCUCUACGUCACUGCAAAAAGGUGAAACCCAGAGCAGCAAGCCGAAGAAGAAGGUGCAGCAGUCAGCAAAACCAGAGUGACACCAUUUAUGUCAUGGCUUCUCCUGCU